CUCCUGAAUGACUCGGCCGUGAGCUCUCUGUGUGUGUGUGUGUAGACAUGGGGAGGCAUUUCCACAGCGAGGUCGACAUUAACAGUCCAUGGCAUCAGGUGCUGGCCGCCUUCUGGCAGCGCUACCCUAACCCAUACAGCGCCCACGUCCUCACAGAGGACGUCCUGUACCGCGAGGUCACCCCCAGCAACCACCUGUUAUCACGGCGACUGCUGACCAAGACAAACCGGCUGCCGGGCUGGGCGGAGCGCGUGUUCCCCGCUCACAUGGCCCGGGCCGUCUACGUGCUGGAGGACUCCAUCGUGGACCCGCAGACGCACACGUUCACCACCAAGACCUGGAACCUGAACCACAACACGCUGAUGACGGUGGUGGAGCGCUGUGUGUUUGAGGAGGACGGCAGUCGGCCAUCUUGGACCAAACUCAGGAGGGAGGCCUGGAUCCUUUCGGCCGUCUGCGGCCUGGCCCGGCCUAUACAGGAGUUUGGUCUCGCCCGGUUUAAGAGUAACCAAGUCAAAGCCAUGAAGGGGCUGGAGUUCGCGCUGUCCAAGAUACAGACUGAGGCCACCCCUCAUCUCCAUGGCGACCAGGGUGAGUCGUCAGAGAAGCACAAGCCCCCGCCACCACCACCAACACAAGCCACGCCCACCUCUUCCCAGAAGCCCAAGCAGUUCGUCUGAACUUCCUCUGCCGUAACAGUAGAAAACCUGCACCUAUUGAUCGGACUAGUCGAUACAGAGGGGGCGGGGCGUCACGUCACCCUCAGCCGUGAUUGGUCGGAAGCGACCAAUAGAGAACAGCUUUUAAAUGUGACUGAAGCGGAGCGGAAACUAAUUGAUGUUAGCUGCUGUCAGUUGUCGUCUCCUGAAACACAAUCGUUCCCAGAAUUCCUUGGAACUGGUUUAAACUGUCUUAGUAAAAAAAACGUUUUUAUUUUUUUAUUUAUUAACUGUGGUUUUUAUUCCUUUUCAAGAUGAUUCUGUUGUAUUUAUUUACUUUGGGGGGUUAGUUCAUGUGGAGUCAAAGUCUCACACCAGAGGUUUUGUUAUUUGAGUGUGACCUUUGUAAGCAGUAUUAUUAUAAUCUUAUUAUUGUUGUUGUUAUUCUGUUGAAGCUCUCCUUAGUUUUGUAUUUUUUACAUUUAAUUUUUUACUUUGUUAUUUUAUAAUAUGUUUUAAAUAAUUUUAGUCAUUCCACUAAUAUUUUCUUUGUCAUUUAGCAGAUGUGUCACUGGAAAGUCUUUCUUGCUGAAUUUGUCUCUGUUAUUUUCUGUAUUUGUACAUCAGUGGAAAAUAGUUUGAUUUCUGUACAUGAAUGUUGAAUCAGAUCAGAGCUGUUUAGUCUUAGAUUGUUGUACAGAUGCAUGUUUCAUGUGAACAUUUCCUUCAGUCAGGAACCUGUUACCAGAUUAGCUAAACAGGGUUUUCCUCAGCUCGUGAUAUUAAACUUUGAAGUUGUAAU